GCCAUUUUGGCUCAAGCCGUUCUGGGCUCAAGCUUUGCUUGAGUCUUCCGCGCGCGUCGGUUCAGAGCGGCUUCGCGCGCGGGGGCCAGUCGGUUGAUGCAGAUUGCCUGCUCCCCCGAGUGCCUGGGUGCGGUGGCCGAGGCGUUCACAGGCAAGCAGGUUCAGGUGCUCGUGCUCCGCGAUGCCGACAUCGUCGAGCUUGCGAUCGCCAAGACCCUGCGAGACGAGGAGUCGUGUUCGGCGCCUGUCAAGCAGGGAGUUGAGGCUACGGUCAAGGAGCAGAUCCUCAAACUCUUCGGCUUCGGGUCUGUACCCAAGGGUUCGGUGGCCCCGCCAGCCGCCGUCGCCAGCACUUCGGGAGUACAAGAAGCUGCAGGCGCAGGCGCGCUCGGAGGGGCCCCAGGUGAAGCCACCCACCCCGCCGCCAGCACCAGGGUGUCAGAAGGUGCUGGCGCGGGAGCCGCGGGUGGCUCACCAGGAGCCCUGGCUGGCUCGGGAGACGCCAGCCCUUGCCACGGAACCGCCUGCGUCCAGCGUGAGCGCUCCAACGCGAGAGCAGGCGGACAGGAAGAACCAGACCUUGCUUCACCUGCAGUUGGACCGCAUCUCCUCGCAGCAGGAGGCGCUGGCCCAGGCGGUGAAGGAGCUGCAGCAGAAGAAAGCAAGUCCCUCGCCUCGGAGGGUGUCGGCUCCGGCGUCGUGUUCGGCGCCUUCGCAGGGGACCCUCAAGAAGCGGCGUUGGCGCCGGAAGAGGGCCAAGAAGAAGGAGGAGCUGGAGCUGGAGCCGGACACACCACCACCUUGGAGGAGGUCGCCCCCGUGGAGGCGGUGAAGACCUUCGCCUUGGAUGUGCUCGACGAGGGGAUCAGCACUGAGGGCGAAGAAGUGGCGGCGCAGCAGGCUGCCCCUGCCGCCGGCCUUCGCACGCUCAGCGACAAGGACAAGGAGGAGCUUAAAAAGCAGCGGAAGCUGCUCGACGUGGAGCGCAGCCUUCGCAGGCCUGGCUGGGAGAAGGACCCAGACACGGUGCCGCUGGAGGUGCCCAACGCAGAGCACCAGCGCGCGGGCCUCGAGUGGAUCUGGGAGCAACUCGUAGCCAGGGCGAAGGAUCACAGAGCCCGCUUCCCAGAGGAGUGGGACUGAGGGCGCCUUUUCGGGCCAGGCUGCGUUGUAGAGCGGCUUGGCCCCCUUUUCUCCUCUCAGGGUCGCGCUCACAGGUGUUUCUCUCGUGCGUUGCGCGUCCUUGACUCGGACAGCUAUCCCCCUUGAUGAGCUGCGGCGGUGGCGCUGCGGUAUGCGAGUGGCAUAGGCUGCCAGGGGCCCUGCGCGGCUGCGCUGCGCUUUCGGGGUUUCUGCCUGCAUGGUUUUCUCUGUGAAUUUCAGUUCAUUCAUGGAUGUGGCG